GCUCUAGAAUUAACAGUAUUGUGUAAAACUGCCUCCAUGUAGCCGACUAUGAUGUCUAAAGUGAUUCUUUUUGGUGUUUUAAUUUUCUAUUCUAAUUUUGGCGUGUCAGUUUCUUACACCGAUGAACUGGCCGUCCAAAGAGAAUACUGGCCAUCAGACUGGUCAGGAAAUGAACACCCACGUAGACAAUUUCGCAGUGAUGGUUUUGCACAAACACGACACGAAAAUCAUGCCCGGCCUGUGAAUAACCAAGAAUAUAAUGAUCAAGCUAUUCGUAGCGCCCAUACUAAUCAUUACAAUAAUAAUAAGCCUGCAGUACAGCCAGUACCAGAUAAACAAUUAUUACCUAAUUUUGGUUCACCCGAAUUCAAACGUGAAGUAGCUCCUCAGCUACAACGAGAAACACACGAUCAGACAUAUCCACGUUAUGUAGACAGAUUUGAAGUGAAGCCUAAUAACGAACCUAUUAGAAAUCAAAACUGGAAAUCUCAAGUUCACCAUCAAAGCACUUUAAGUCCUAAUCAUGAACAAAAAUCAUACAUCCCACCUACAGGGGGAGAUUACCACGGAGAGCGCAAUACACAUCCUAUCAAUGUAGAAUAUGACAACCAAGCAGAAACAGAAAAUAUUUCUAACAAUAGACAUAUUUCAAAUCAAGCGCGUCCUUCUAGGCCAAAUGUCCCAAUACCGUAUUUAAACUUCGACAGAUCUAAUAGCGAAGCGACGAAUUUAGAAGAGCAUAAGUACAUUGAGACAAGUACUCCUCCAAAUUAUAGUAAUUAUAAACAUCCCGAGCAUUCGGAAAUUUUGGAAAAUUCAAGGAGAAAAUCAAAUGACCGUAAACAUAAUGUUGGUAGAAAUGAUGAACUUUAUUUAAUACCAACUUAUUUGGAAGACAGAAUUGAAAACAAUAAUGUUGCUCCCCAUGGAUAUGAAGUAAGCGAGAAAACAGUACCUGAUUCAGUUACCGAGCCGCAAAAUAGAAUAUAUAUUGAUAAUGAUGAAAUAUCAAAAAAUAUUGGAACUGAUCCGGUUAGUACUCACACUGCUGCUAAUUUAGCAACAGCAAAUUUAGCUGAGAAGCAUAAAUUUAUUACAAUAGAUAGAUCGGGUUCUGAAUACCUUAUCCCUGUACUACCUUUAAACAAAUACGAUAACAACUCCGCCACUAAAUACGUUUUGGCCCGUAAUCCACAAGAUAAAGAUAGUUUUGUAGCAGACAAAGUUCCUUCAAACUAUCAUGAAUCUGUUAUAAAUAAUGCUCGAUCAUCCAAUGACGCGGUAAAACAUGUAAACAAGUAUAUACCAGAGAAUAUUGCAGAUGAUGAAAAAAUUCAACGAUCAGAGCCUGUCCGAAGUCAUCAUACCCCUUCAAGAGUAGUAUCGAAUAAUUUGAGAAAUAAUCAUCCAAUUAUGAGACAAUUACAAAAUGAUAACAAUGAACGAGGUUCCGGAAUUCGUGAACUAAUUACUGGAGAUGUUAACAAUAAAUCAGAAAGUAACGGAUAUCCCGAAAAUCCAGGUCAAUGGGAUAAUAUACCUACAGACUCACAUAAUAAUGUGCAAAAAUUUAACAACGGAAGAAAUUCAGAAGCUAGGCAAGUUAUCACACCUGCACAGAAAUACAAUAAUUUACCUUUGCCUCAUAAUGUUAGACAUAUAAGUAACGAUGAAGGUAGUUUCCGAAAACUUAACUCUCAACCUAUAUACAGACCUGAGCACAAUAGACACAUCGAUGACUUUAGACCUCGUUUUGGAAAUCAUGACUCAGUACUUUUUACUCACGAUAGUGCUCCUACUUUAACAAAUAAUGUAAAUAACCAUGAAAACAGUAGACAUAAUAUUGUCAAUAACAACAACAAUGAGAAUAAUGGCCUUGUAACUCCUGGCUCGCAAUACAUACCUGUAAACGGAAGACCCAUUGAAAGUUAUAAUAAUGGUUUUGUAAAUCCUCAAAAUAGACCUAAUAAGCCUAAUGAUAAUAUUCCUACAUCACACCAGCGAAAAAAUCAAAUACCUAACAGCAGAAUUGUUGAUAAUCCCAACAACGCCGCUCCUGAACUGGGAAAUGUUGAAAAAAAACCUGAAAGUAUAAAAUAUUUUGACAAUGAUAAAACAGAAUUUGCCUAUCCUGGUCUAGGACCUUUUAGAACUUAUAAUGAAGCGUUUGAAGCAAUAUUGGAAUUACAAGGAAACAAAAAUAAUGACCCAAUAUAUACCGAUGGUUUUGAGCCAAUUACCCCUAACCGUGAAUUAACAUUUGUUGAUACUUAUGACAAGUCUCUUCCCAAACAUGAUAUACCGUCUAACUUAAAAUCAGGAGAUGAUGAAACCUUUAAUAUAAAUGGGGCUCCUAACGUUCCAAGUAAUACAGCAAACCCUAAUGUUGAAAAAAUACUACCUAAGCAAGAAAACUAUAAUUUACCUGGGCCAGCUCUUCUGCAACCUGAUUCCGAUAUUCCAAGUACGCAACAGAUUGCUCCUCAGACACCUGCAGAAGAACAAGGCAAACAAAAGCAUUCAGUAUUGGUUCUGCCAGAUGGAACCUUAGAGGAUGUAAAUAAGGAUGAAAAUACACAAGUUAGUAAAAAUCCUAAAGAUAUACUAAACAGCGAUGUUAAAGAGGAGAAAGUUAUGGAGAAGGCAAAUGAAGUCCAGUUCCCGAAACAGGUUAAAACCUUGAUAACUACAGCUACCCCAGUUCCGACAGAAACGGAUAUUUCAGAAAAUAAUUUGAAGAUAAAUGAGGAAUUUGGUAUUAAAGAGCAUCAGCAAGAACCACCCGUUGAGAGUCCACCAAUUGAUAAAACAGUGCUAAAUUCAGCUGCCAAACGUCUGCCAGAAGAUGAGAAUGCGGUUGUUACCACUCCAUAUCCGUACGUUACGACAGAAUUUCCUUUAGAAAGAGCUCCAGACAAUGUUUAUGAUGAUCUAGUGGUAACUACUGUAAGUCCCAUGGCAGAUUCUGAAAAUGAUGAAGAAGGUAAAGCCAAAGAGGUAGUCAAAGAAAACAAUGAUGUGAUUUCAAUUGACGAACCAAGCCAAAGUAAGGAACUUCCUUUAAAGCCAACGAGAGGUAAUAAUGAUAAUAAUAACAAUGAACCACCAACCGCUGAUGUAGUAACACGCGGUGAUAAUCUAACAAAUGAAGAUAGAAGGGUAAUUUCUGGUAUUCCUGGUGGUAAAAGAUUAGUGUCCAAACCAACACCUAAUGGCCUGAAAUUUUUGUUGGAUCCAAUUAAUGUUUCUGAUGAAGAUACGAUCACUAUAGCCAUUGAACUUUCUGAAGCACCAGAUAAUGUUAUUUUAAACAGAAACAAUGCAGAUGGCUAUUCAAAUGAAGCUUUGAAUGAUAGAGAAGAUUUCUCGAAGACAAGUGGUAAUCAGGCAGCGAGAUUUAGACCAAGGAACAACAACAACAAUAAGAAGUCUGACGAUGGAAUAGAACCUUUGUACAUACUUCCAGUAGAACAACUGCCUGUUAUGGAGAAAGAGACUGUUGUGACCCAGUACCCUAAUGGCACCAUCGUUACAGUUAUUACUGAAGUGGUGUAUGACAACUUUGAAGGUACUCCACCUAAAGUAACAAGAACCGAGAAAAUCGCGGAAUUAAACGGCUAAACAUUUGCCGAUAAUUUUGUUUGUCAAUAUUUUAAAUACCUUAUACACUUAAAUCUAAAAAGCAAAUAUAAAUAAGUGAACCAAUACUGUAUCUGCUAAUAAAAACUAGUUUUACAUAAAAUGAUAGUUUUAAACCAUA